UAAUUACUGUCAUAUCAUUUAACACAGAUAUCCGGGCACUACAACCGAAGCCAUAAACAUGGGUUCGUAUAACUAUCUGGGAUUCGCUGAGAAUACCGGCGUAAACGUUGACAAAGUGAAGGACACGAUUGGGAAGUACGCGGUGGGCGUCGGCACCACUCGUCACGAGUGCGGCACAAUCGAUACCCAGCAAGAGUUGGAGAGCCGUUUGGCCGAGUAUUUGGGCGUCGAGUCUACCAUUGUAUUCGGUAUGGGCUUCGCGACCAACGCGGCUAAUCUGCCGACACUGGCCGGCAAGGGAUCGCUAAUCAUCAGCGAUGAGUACAAUCACGCGUCGCUAAUACUCGGCUGUAGGAAAUCGGGCGCCUCUAUAGCGGUGUUCAAACACAACGACAUGAAGGACUUGGAGAGCAAAAUACGAUUGAAUAUAAUCGCCGGUCAGCGGCGGACACACCGGCCGUGGAAGAAGAUAAUCAUUGUGGUGGAGGGCAUCUACAGUAUGGAG